AUGAUGAUGAUAACGACAACAUCGACGGCCACCACCACCACCACCACAACAGCGACAACGACAACGUCAACAACGUCAACAACAUCUAUAUCGACAUCGACGCCAAUAGCAGCCGAAAUAGUGACAAAUCAAUCGUCCAUCAAUUCCGGUCAAACAGAUCCAUUGAUUAUUACAGAUAAUGUAGAUCUGGAAAAAGCAUUAAUAUUAGAAUCAUCAUCAUCAUCAUCGCCAUUGAAUGAUACAAUUUUAUUACAAAAUGUUUCAUUUGAUCCAAAUUUUUUUGAUCGUAUUAAUUUAGAUACAUUGUCACAACAUUGUCAAAUGACAACAACAACAACAACAGCAACUGUUGGUGGUGGUGGUGGUCUUCUUCCUGUAACCACUAUUGUUGAUGAUGAUGAUGACGAUGAUGAUUAUCUUGAUAAUCUAGAGCUACAAUUAUUGAAAGAUAAUAGUAAUACUUCACCAUCAUCGAUUACAAAUCAUACAAUAUGUAUGGUUGGUGGUGUUGGUGGUAGUGGUGGUGUUGUUGUUGUUGAUGGUGGUGGUGGUUCUUCAUCCGGUCAAACAUUUCUUAAUUCAUCAUCAUCUGAUCCAUUGGUUAGUUCAACAACAGCAGCAUUUGAUGUGCCACCGCUACAACCAACACAACAUCAUCAAACGUAUCAAUUGAUUAAUGAAAAAUUAUUUCUUACCACUGCUGGUGGUUUACCAAUAUCAACAUUAUCAUUGGCAAAUAUUGGUAAAAUGGUCGGAUCAAAUGUAUUGGCCAUUAUUAGUGCAUCAACAUAG